UCUCAUGUGACAGUCGGAAGCCGCAAACGAAGUUGGAAGAAGGCACCAGAUAUUACAGAUAACAGCCCCAUCAGUAGUUGCCAGUUAACACUGGUCUUUCUGUCGCAUAAUGUCGCAAGCUGACUUAGCGAAGAAGAAAGUCGACGAGCUUCCAGGCGUUCACGCCCGCACAUUCACUACGAAGCUUUGCAAGGCCAAGGUCAUCGCAUUCAAGAUCGCACUUGCUGUAUUCGCAAUCUCUGCUUCAACGUACUUCGUCAAGCGACCUUUUGGUGAUAUUCCCGUCAGCAAACUCGAGGAUGGUUCAGAAUUGUGUCCUCAGGCAGAUGCACUUGUGCCCGAGAAGAAUGGGGGGGUCUGGGAGAGUCUUGGACACACAUACAGCACUGAGGAGUUCAAAGCGAGAGCUGUAGAUUGGCUUGGGGGAGCUGUACGAAUCCCCACCGAAACGUUCGACAACAUGGCCCAAGAUGUAUCAGAACCCGUUUGGGAGAAGUUCCUCCCGUUCCACGGUUAUCUGAAAGAAUCAUUCCCUUUACUUCACUCAAACUUGGAACUUACGACAGUCAAUACAUACGGACUGUUGUACGUGUGGAACGGCUCAGACAGUGCUUUGAAGCCACUCCUCCUUGCUGCUCACCAAGACGUGGUUCCUGUGCUAGAAACGACGAUCGACGAAUGGCAGCAUCCCCCAUUCUCCGGGUACUUCGAUGGGGAGAAAAUUUGGGGUCGGGGGUCGUGCGAUGAUAAGAGUGGUUUAAUUGGGAUCAUGUCUGCGAUUGAAUCCUUACUAGAGAGCGGUUUCAAGCCGACUCGCACGGUCGUCAUCGCAUCUGGUUUUGAUGAGGAAGUAGGUGGAUUGCGGGGUGCGUCUUCCCUGGCUACCGAAAUGCUGGAGAGAUUUGGAGAGAAUAGCUUUACCAUGCUUGUUGACGAAGGCUCCGAGUACAAAGAGUUAUAUGGUCGUGUCACCGCAGUACCUGGAAUUGGCGAGAAAGGUUCAUUGAAUGUACAAAUCAAAGUUACAUCUCCCGGUGGUCAUUCAAGCCUCCCUCCACUUCAUACUAGCAUUGGUAUACUUGCAGAGCUCCUUGUUCAGUAUGAGAAACAUCCCUUCGAGGUCCACCUGGCAAGAGGAUCGCCAACUUACAGGAACGCUCAAUGCAUAGCUCAACAUGCACCGGGCGUCAGUUCCUCGCUAAAGGAAUACAUGUUGCGUGCAGAGCACUGUGACGGAGCACUCCGUGCAGCUGAGCAGGAACUCUUUAAGAAUCGCGCUUUCAUGAGUACCGCUGGUACCACUCAGGCUAUCGAUAUCGUGGAAGGUGGAGUGAAGGUAAACGCUCUUCCAGAACAGGCGUGGGCCAUUGUGAACCAUCGGAUUUCUACGGAAAGUUCUCGCGCUGCCACAAAAGUGCGCGACAUCAAAUUGUUGGAAUCUCUGGCAAGCGACUUCAAUCUAUCUUUCACGGCCUUUGGCACCCAUGUUUCCGAUCCCGAAGCGCCUUCAUAUGGCACCUUGACCCUCUCCCAUGCGUUUAAUGAAGGCUUGGACCCAGCCCCAGUCACUCCCUCGGGUGAAGACGCUGCGCCGUUCCAGCUUUUAUCUGGAACUAUCAAGGCAACCUACAACUCCCAUAGAAAUAUCUCUGUUUCAGACGCAAUCAUCGUGAGUCCAGGCAUCGCGUCCGGCAACACAGACACACGGUUCUACUGGAAGUUGACUGACCAUAUUUUCCGGUAUGGUCACAUAGAGAGAGCCCGUGAAUCUGGCGCACACACAGUAAACGAAGCGAUCUCCGUCGAUAACUUCGUUGAGAUUAUUCGAUACUUCACCACUUUAAUUCUCAACGUAGACGAAUCAUCCCUUCCUUAGGUUAGCCACAAGUCGCGCGUCAAUAUAUCACUGGAAGUUUGCCAUGCGAUGUCUACACGUCACCAUGAUCGUACAGCCCAGCAAUGAGCAGUUUGCAGG